GAAAGAGAAAAUCAAAAAACAGUGAAAAUGUGUACUCACCUACGGUAGGCAUGAAGCAACUACUGAAGAAAAUUCGUAUCAACUUUAUCAGCAAUAUUUGUUAAUCGUAAUCAUCUUUUCACGCAAAAUCACGACUGGCUCUUGUAAUGAAACAAAAUGUUUUCGUUAAGAAUGGAACACCAAUUUAUAAGAAAUAAUAAACAGAGUUAUUCUUAGUUAUGGUAGUAGAUCAGGAAAUGGGGUCACAAACGCUGGAAAUUUUAAGACAAGGGGUGUGGGCUUCAUUAACUGGAGGUUGGUUUUACGACCCCCAUCAAACUGUUUUCUGUAAUACUUUUCACUUGUAUUUAUGGCUUUUUCUUUUUUGCUUACCCUUCUCCAUUUAUCUGUAUCUACCCCCUGACAAGUUUGUGUGGUAUUGUUACUGCGGUAUCGUUGCUGUUAUUUUUGCAACCAUUAAACUGGCUAAUUAUGCAUUACAUCAUAUGUAUGAUACCACUGAAUGUAUUGAUGAAGUUCGAGAUGAACCCCAUGGAGAAAAAAGGGAAGAUGAAGGCAUUGAGUUACAAGUGUUAUCAAAGAAGUCACCAGGAACACCAAAACUUCCAACAUGUCGAUCAGAAGUAUCAAAUGUCGAAACUUCUGCUUUGCCAAGUACAGACGUUGACAGUCUUGAUUCUGAAGAAUGCCAACAUUUGGAACCUACAUCUCAAAAACUAAGUGGGAUUAUUGAUUUAAAGGCCGACGUCCAUCGAAAAAACUCCUCUGAGAGUAGUGAGGGCCUUACAAUGCAUCAGUGCAGAGAAGCAGUGGCCUUAAAAAGUACCGCCCGUUCAAAAUCAAAAAAAUUGAGCGAAGCGAGUGCCGUUUCAACAAAAGAAGAGACAACAGUUCGUAAAAGCUCUUCAAGGAAAUCAAGUAAUGAAUCAAAAGGGGCAGCGUCCUCCCAUCAUCAUUCAAAUGCUCAUCAUCAAAGUGAUGGCUCAGAACAGGGAAGUCCUAAGCUAUAUAUAUGUCGAAGACAUUCAAACUUUACUAAUAGCAGUCUCAGUUACAUUCCAACCAGUACUCACAGUGACAUAAAAUCUGCUGGGUCUGUAGAGUUGGGAUAUAUUGAUAAGAAUCCUACUCAGGCUGUUUCUACAGAAGGAUUGUACUAUAAACCCUAUAUUACAAAAGCACCAGGGGUGCGCCGUAUUCGAUCAACUGCUUUGGAAGUAUCUUGCCCUCCACCUUUACUCACAGUGCAUCCCAACAGUUUGGAAGUAAUUGGCGAAAACGUAAAAGGAAUGAAAAGUCCUCUUCCACCUCCUAGUUCUACACUGAUUAGAAACCAGCAUUUAAACCUUUGUCCCUAUUUCGGUUCCGAAAUAGUUUAUCCCAUUGCUGAACAGUCAGACGAACAUCAGACUUCUCAUGGGCCAGACUCAGAUUUGGAAUCGCUUGCCCAAAAUUCCGACUCAGAUUACGAAGAAGAGAACAAUCAGGGGAGUCAAUCUCCUCUUCUGGUCCAUCUUAAGACAGACGAUUGCGUGAAAAUGGUGCGCACGGUCAGAAUAUCGUCUUCAAAUGCCAGUAAAGCAUACGACCCAUCUCGUCCAUCGAAGAUGACGACUAAGUGCGACUCCAACUGCAGUUUUAGUUUAUUGUCAAAUAAAAGUGACGAUGGGGAACAGGGAAGCGCAACAUCCAAAGAUGCGCUCGUUGAUAAUGAGAAGUCAAAUUCUAGUGAGACACCUGAAAUGCAGGAUGCUCGAGCAGAUUGUUAUGCGACUGAUAAUGAAUUUAGCGAUCGGAAAUUUAGUGAUUCUGGCAGUAGCAGCUGUAGUGAUAUAAAACUUGAAGCUUGGAGUGCCGGUGAUGUAGACAGGGGGUCCACCAUACGGCAAAGGUCUAGGGUAAAAAAAAACAACGGGCAAAUGUCAAGUAGUAAUAGUUAUAUAGAAAAUAAGGAAGAUAUACAGGAUUAUAAUGAUGAGCCAAAAAGUAUGAAAAGAAGAAAAGCACGUAAAAAUUCAAGACUAAAAUGCAAUGAUUGCGAUAAAGUCGAUACUAUACGAAAUCGAUCCAGUGUCAUUGAGCUUGAUUUGGACUGGCUCUUUGACGAUGGUUCAGAACACAAAAAAAGACGAUCUAACGACUGGUCGAGUACUUCGGUUUCCUUAGAACACGAUGUUAGUAAAGUACUGCAAGAACCUACUCCUUCCACUCGUAACUUAGGGGCCAUACCAAAAAAGCGUAUACCUCCAAAUAGAAACUAUUGUUUUGGAGAUACAGUGGCCCCCAAUUAUAUUUUGAAAAACGUUUCAGAAAACGCAAAUAGACAUAAGCAUUCGAGACGUGUAGAGCAAAGUUCGUCUGGAAGAGGGACAACGCAAUCCCUCCCCCAGAACGAUAACGUCGUCGAAGGAUUGGAGUGUUUGGUAGUUCCAGCAAGAUCCACAAGGAGAAUAAGAAAACUAAGUUCACGUCGUGGUAACGCUAGAAAUUCUCGAUCAAGAGGAGAAAUUUACCAAGAGAUACCAUCGGGAGGUUCUAACGCAGAACUAAGUACCUUAUUGCCGGCAACUCCCCUCUUUUCUGCCUUUUUAGCUUCAAGAAGGGAUAUGCCAAGCAUGUGCGUUUGUGUGCCCAUGGAAAGUCCCAACACUAGAAAUGGUUAUUUGAAAAGAAGUCAUCGAGUUCACAGAAGAAGAGUCCAUAGCAUAUCACGUGCAAACGAAAAAACAAAUCGAGACAUGAUAAUUGCAAAUACCAUAACUUCUGGACGAGGAACACAUCGCGCAAAAUCUUUCGAUGACACUUCUGAUGGUUCAGUUCACUGUUUUUUAGAUGAAUAUGGGAACUGGAUAACGUACACUUUUGAUGGGAAAGGGGUUGGCACGGCUAACAUUAGUCUCCAAAUAACUCCUAACAGUAGUGGGAAGCUGCUUCCAGCUCUACUCCGACGAGAGGAAGCGCCGCCUAAUGGCGGUAACGAGGGUUGGGAAAGUAACAGUACCGAAUCAGUGUGCAAUAGUUCGGUUUCAGUGAUGCUUGAAAAUAAUGCAAAGACGCAAGCUAUCAAUAGCAUGAUACCUACAAACACUGCCUUACAUUUGAACGCCAUGCAACUGCCCGCGUUAAGAAACGGUUCUAGUCAAGAAAAUUUACGGGAAGCCAUCUUGGACGUGGAAAUGCAAUUGCCUCGCAACAAAUUCCGAUUUAUACAGGCCCCUGACGCAACCAAUAACAAUUAUGUGCGCAUAAAAUCAUAUUACAAGUUCAAAGUUUUCCCUUGGACAUACAUUAAAGUUACUUUUGAUAGGUUAAAGCUACUCGCACUUCUCGAUCGUAACUUGACUCUUUGUGAAACUGUCGUGUCGAUAAUUUUAGGCGUGUUGGUAUCGAUAAACGGUGCUUACCUUUUACAUUUAGGAUUUUACAAGGACGUGUUAGCUUUCAUUUUUUGUUUCGUUGUAGCUAGUUGUCAGUAUUCUCUUCUUAAAAGUGUACAACCUGACGCAGCAUCUCCAAUUCAUGGCUUUAAUCGUGUUGUGGCAUAUUCGAGACCGAUUUAUUUUUGUCUGUUUUCAUACAUUAUUCUUUUACUUCACCUCAAUUCUCAAGAUGAUGACACUGGAUUGACUAGUAGAAUUACAUUAGAAAUGUGUCGUGAUUUCUUUUUGACUUUCUUAUUAUUUUUCCCCGUUAUAUUCUCCUUGGGAUUGUUCCCUCAAGUAAACACGUUCUUAAUGUAUCUACUUGAACAGACAGACAUGCACUUAUUCGGUGGUAACGCAAUGCCAAGCUUAUUGUCCUCGUUUUACUGUAUUUUUCGUUCCUGUUUUGCUGUGAUAGUCAUGUAUGGGCUCGCGUACGGGAGUCUAAUUGAGCCAAAACGCUCCCAACAUAUACUUUUCUCUAUGUUUUGCGGCUGCCUAGUAGCUAUUUCUUAUCAUUUGAGUCGAAGUGCCAGUGAUCUCUCUUUAGUGUGGAAUAUAGUCAAAAAACAUGUCUGGCCCCCUGAUGUUUACAGAGAAUACAAGAAGACUCCUAGAAAAAACACCGCCAAAGACCCUGGUGUCGAUAACAAAAUCACUGAGAAAGGAGUUUUGCCAGAUACGAAGGUUGAAAAGGCGGUAGAAUCUGGUGAAACAUCGGAAAAAUUAGUAGAUCCUCUACCUCAUAAACUUCAAAAGACAGUAAAUGCCAGGUUGAAGAGUGAUCUCAUUCUGUGCAGUCUUAUUGCUGUAUUGGUGUUUGGUAUCCAUGCAAGUACAGUUUUUACCGCUCUACAACCUGAACUAGGACCAGUUUUAUGGUGUAUUGCCGGCGCAGUGGGAUUCAUUUUGCAUUAUAUUGUACCUCAGCUUCGUAAACAACUGCCCUGGUUGUGUAUUGCACGUCCCAUUCUCAGGUCGCACGAAUACGAACAGUAUCAAGUACGAGGUCCUGCCAAAGUUAUGUGGUUUGAAAGAGUUUACGUUUAUCUUUGUUUUUUUGAAAGGAAUAUUUUAUAUCCAUUAGUUUUUUUGGCUGCACUAACAGAGGAUUCGCCUGUUAUAGUAGAGAAAUUUGGAUAUCUUUUGGGAUCUCUUUUUGUCGUUGUCUGUGGAAUGAGAUGUUUGCGUGGUUCUUAUUCCUGCCAGAACUCGCAGUAUCUCAUUCUUACCUUUACUGUCUUAUUUUUCAACUACGACUACGUAUCUCUUCAUACUUCUUUUCUAGUGGACUAUUUUAUAAUGAGUUUUAUCUAUUACCGAGCCUACGAGUUACUUUUAAAACUUCAGUUUGUGAUAACUUAUAUAGCUCCGUGGCAAAUUACAUGGGGUUCUGCAUUUCAUGCCUUUGCUCAGCCGUUUUCUGUGCCCCAUUCAGCUAUGCUGUUUCUGCAAGCUAUAGUGUCAGCAAUUUUAUCUACUCCUUUGAAUCCAUUUCUCGGGAGCGCAAUUUUUUUAACGUCUUAUGUUAGGCCAGUAAAAUUCUGGGAACGAGAUUAUAACACCAGACGCGUGGAUCACUCCAACACACCUCUUUCUUCACAUUUAGAUCGCAACCUGGGCGCAGAUGACAAUAAUCUCAACUCGAUAUUCUACGAGCAUUUAACCCGAUCUCUGCAGCAUUCGUUAUGUGGGGACUUGAUUCUGGGUAGAUGGGGACCUGUUAAUCAGGGGGAUUGUUUCGUUUUAGCUUCAGAUUAUUUAAAUUGUCUUGUUCAUAUAAUCGAAUUAGGUAAUGGUUUAGUGACCUUUCAAAUGAGAGGUUUGGAAUUUCGUGGUACUUACUGCCAACAGAGGGAGGUAGAAGCCAUCACUGAAGGAGUAGAGGAAAACGAUGGAUGUUGUUGUUGUGAUCCUGGACAUUUACCCCAUAUGCUUAGCAUGAAUGCUGCCUUUGGUCAAAGGUGGUUGGCUUGGGAGGUUACUGCAGCCAAGUACGUACUUGAAGGUUACAGCAUAUCUGACAACAGCGCAGUUUCUAUGUUACAAGUCUUCGAUUUUAGAAAAGUACUCAUAACGUAUUAUGUUAAGAGUAUUAUAUUUUAUACUUUAAAGUCUCCUAAAUUGAAUGAAUGGUUAAACUCUGGAUCUAUUUUAAAAGCUCUGCAGCCAAUGCAAGUACGCAGUUUUGCAGAUUUAGAUCCUGUAUUUAAUGUUUAUAUUGAUGAAGAUUACGAUGUUUGUUCAAACGGCAUGACAAAGUCAAUGUUUUAUCAAGUUUAUGGUGAUUGGAUUGCAUACUGUGCCGGAAGAUUUGAAAAAGAAGUUGAUACAAGUAACUACUCAACAUUGACACUGUUGUGCUUUGCAUUAAGUUUGCUUGGUCGAAGAACUUUGGCUACGGUUUCCCACAACACAGUUUCUAACGUUGAAUUUUUCCUUUAUGGACUUCACGCCCUUUUCAAGGGCGAUUUUCGAAUAACAUGUACAAGAGAUGAAUGGGUGUUUACUGACAUGGAUUUACUUAAAACGGUCGUGGCACCUGGUGUCCGAAUGUCUUUAAAACUCCACCAGGACCAUUUUAUGUCCCCUGACGAAUAUGACGAAAUGCCGGCCCUUUUCGAUGCUAUUUGUAAGUACGAAGAAGAACUGGUCAUUUCUCACGAAGGUGAUCCAGCGUGGAGGAGCGCUGUACUCAGUGGCACUCCUAGUUUAUUGGCCCUGAGAAGGCACGUUCUGGACGAUGGGGUAGACGAAUACAAGAUUAUAAUGUUGAACAAGCGUCACCUAAAUUUUCGCGUCAUAAAAAUAAACAGAGAGUGCGUCAGAGGGUUGUGGGCGGGGCAACAGCAGGAACUGAUCUAUCUUCGCAAUCGCAAUCCUGAAAGAGGUAGUAUUCAAAACGCUAAACAAGCCCUUAGGAAUAUAAUUAACUCUUCAUGUGAUCAACCCAUUGGUUACCCCAUCUAUGUAUCGCCAUUAACGACUAGUUAUGCAGAAACGAAUGAACAACUCUGUGGUAUUAUAGGGGGAUCGUUAAGUUUAUCCAAAAUAAGAAAUACACUAUUAGAAGCUUUUGGAAGAGUUCGCAAACAUUGUCGAGAAGGAUGCUCAAGUGGUGGAUCUAGGGAUGAAAUUGGUAUGGGGCAAGAAGGGGUUUACGCCAUGACACCAAUCACUGCCUUAACCCAUCAUACUGCCGGAAGCCAGUCUACAGAUGGGUCACAUUUUGGUGGUAGUAUGGGCAGAGGGGCGAGUCUUAGCAGAACUUCUUUAGGUGGAAAUAGGGGUAGUCUGGCAUCCAUGGGAAAACCUACUAGUUCUACAUUAGCGAGUUUAGCCGGAUUGUUCAAAGAAAGGGAUGAACGCGCAGUCUCCCAACUACCUGACGGACAAAACCGUACCGACGAGAAAAGCACAAAACCGUCAGAUGCGGGGGAAAAAGAAAACACGUACCAAAGAGUUAAAAUUAUUGAUCCAAAUGUGGUUUAUGACUGUAUUAAUUUGGGCAGGCGUAUUGACGUGAGUUGGCCAGAUGAAAAUAUGAGAGCUAAAGGAGGACGAUCCCAUUGGAGAGAUUGGUUGCCUGAGACAGGAAUGGAAGGACAAGUAGUUCAUCGGUGGAGUCCCUGCCAUUGGGACCCUAGUAGACGUUCUCACGUCGACAGGACGAUCCUGCUAGUAAAAAUAGACGACAAAUACGUUCCAAUUGCCGAAAGUGGUGUACAAGACUUGGGGGCCGAAGUGUAGGAAAACAAUUCCACUGACAACAGUCGCAUAAUAUAUUUAAUUAAGCACUAAUUAUCGUUAAUUGAAUUUUCCAAAUAGCGAACUGAUUCUUUUAGUUAAUAUUUUACAUUUAUACUUUUGUAUUGUCGUGUUUUUCUUUUUCUCUAUCGAUUUAAUUUAUUAAGCGUACAAUGACAAUGUACCCGGACUUGAUAAUCUAUUGUUGUAAUUUAUAUGUAUGUACUACUCCUCUUGUAGUAUAUAAUUUUUAAUGUAAAUACAGUCGUGUAAAAA